UAAGGUGCAUAAUAAGUAUUUACGAGAGUUUUUAACGGUUGGUUUGACUGUAACAAACACGGCGCGAGAAAACAUAUGGGUUUUAUUAGAUUAACGAUGUUGUAAAUGUUUGGUGGAUAGUUUAAUUGUGAAGGCGUUGUUUGUUUAAAGGUGCAAAUUAGGAGUGCGGUCCCAGACGAGGCUCUGUUUAUUUUGCACUUAUUUAUAAUGAUCAAAAAUACCAUUUGUUAAGUAGAUGUUCUGUAAAAUAUUCAAGUGCAAUAGGAAAAUGGAUUCAGUUUUAGACGUUGAUAACGUUAUCAAAAAACUUGUGUCAGCAAGGGGUGCAAAAAAGAAGACGGUCAAUUUAAGCGAAAGUGAAAUCAUAAAAUUAUGUCAUAAGGUCAGGCCCCUUUUCUUAACACAGCCUGUGCUUUUAGAAUUGGAAGCUCCUCUAAAGGUUUGCGGAGACAUUCACGGACAGUUUCAAGAUUUGCUUCGCAUAUUUGAAUUCGGGGGUUUCCCACCCCAGUCCAAUUAUUUAUUUCUAGGAGAUUAUGUUGACAGGGGGAGGCAAUCGAUUGAAACAAUUUGUUUGCUUUUCGCAUAUAAAAUUAAAUAUCCUGAAAACUUUUUCAUGUUGAGGGGAAACCACGAAUGUGAAUCGAUUAGUAGAAUUUACGGGUUUUAUGACGAAUGCAAAAGGCGUUAUAACAUUAAAGUAUGGAAAAUAUUUACUGAUUGUUUUAACUGUUUGCCAGUAGCAGCGACAAUUGACGAUAAGAUUUUUUGUUGUCAUGGCGGAUUAAGCCCAGAUCUACAAAAUGUAGAACAAAUCCGACGAAUACUUAGGCCUACCGAUGUACCAGAUAAGGGUUUGUUGUGCGAUUUGCUUUGGUCAGACCCGGAUAAAGAACAAAACGGAUGGAGUGAAAACGAUCGGGGUGUAAGCUUUACAUUCGGAACAGAUGUCGUAAAUCGUUUUCUUCAGAAGAACGGUUACGACUUAAUAUGUAGAGGGCACCAAGUGGUCGAAGACGGGUACGAAUUUUUUUCAAAACGACAACUUUUAACCAUAUUCAGCGCGCCAAAUUAUUGUGAGGAGUUUGACAAUGCAGGAGCAAUUAUGACCAUUGACGAAAAUUUAAUGUGUAGCUUUCAAAUUUUAAAGCCAGUCGAGAAAAAGAAUGCAAAGCCUCUAACGAAAAGAGCGCAAUUGUUUUGAAACUUCAACUUUACUCAACAAUUGUAUUUAAAAAUAAACAAUUACCUACUCAUA